AUGAGCAGCUCGCUGCCAAAGCCAUCAUCCCGACCGUCCUCCCGUAGUUCGAACAGAAACUCGAUGACAAGUCCGAUACCGUCCCUUCAAGACCCUGUCUCUCUUCGACACCAGAUGAGCACAUUAAAGCAUGAAAUACGCUUGAAACAGGCUCAAUUCUUUGCUCUUGAAGCGCAGCUUUCCAGUGUGCCACGACACGGAGAUACCUACUUCUCUUCUUCCCCGCCCACAAGUUCGUUCUCUCUUCCCUCCUUCUCAACCUCUACUCCGCGAAAGCGACGGUCGUCUCUACCGAGACAUACAGAAGGCGUGCCUAUGCUUGAAAUUGCGACCAAUUCCGGCACAAUGGAGAAACGUCCGCUGAGCCCGACAAGGUCCAUGAACCGAAUACCCGUGAGCGCGGUAAGCCAGGCGAGGGCCUUAGCGGAAAACGGAGCAGUGCCGACCGUGGAGGAACCAAUGCAAAACGGUACUUCAAACUCAACCAACCAGUCUCCGUCUGGACUACUUGACCCCCCGUCCCCUGGAGCGCUUCGACGAUUGAGCACCGGCAAUACUACCAAAGUCCUGGCGGACCUCCAAGCUGGAGUCGUCCAUGCUCGACAAGCCCUGGAGAAUACUCGUAGUCAACUCCGACUCGCGCAACGCUCUGUAGCUCAGUUGACGAGACAAAACGAGGAUCUCAAGGAUAGUAGAGAACGUCUACGACUGCAAAACGAAAAUCUAAACUCUGUCGUUGCGCGCAAGGAGCGGUUACUGCAAGAAGCUACCGAGCGGGCUCGCAAAGCCGAAGCUGAAGCCUCGGCACUCAAGGCACAGCUAAAGACUGACUCCACAGCGCAGAAAAAAGCGCUGAGGGAAAUGGAAUUGACAGUCGCCGAGUCGACUUCCAUCUCAGAGAGGACAACACGAGAAUAUGAGACACUCCGAGGGUCGGUCAAGGAUCUUCAAGAAGGCUGGCAGUCGGACGUACAGGCUCUGCGAACGGAACUGCUCCGACGAGAAGAGACUUGGAAGAAAGAGAUUGACGAAGUCAAUUUGAAGUACAAGAGUCUCGUCAAGCUCACCCAGGCAGCACAGUCGGAACGCGCAAAAAUGGAAGCCCUCAAAACUGAGAAGCGAGAACUGGAUGCCAAGUUCGAAGAGGCAUUCAAAGAGGAGUUGCGCUCUCUAGCUACCGCCCUUAGCGAAAAUAAUAAAUCUUCCGAGGAUGCUUCAGCCACUGCCAAGGAGCUUUCGACCGAACUAGCCCGUAUACGACGACUCAUGCGGCUCGGAGGACAAUCUACGGAGGACCCAUCGCCUCAGAUACCCGUUCCAUGA